AUGGUUGUGAACGAGAGACCCUUGAAGAGGACAAAGAGAAUCGUCGCCGCCGAUCCCUAUGAUUUUCUUACCUUUCCGGCUGCCGCCGGCGAACCCUUUCGGACAAGUGUUCAAUGCUUCCUCUCUAACCACGCGCGCCUCACCCUCCCUCCCUCGCUGUUUCCCUCCCUGGUGACGUGGCAGAUCUUGUUCCGGGUAGGAUCUGUCGUCGGCGGGCCGGAUCUGUCGCCGGCGGUGGUCGCCUUAGACAUCGUUGAGGAAGACGUAAUUCAGUCUCGAAACUCGGUCUACUGCGACCAGUGCCGAGUCAUUGGGUGGAGUGGGAAUCCUGUGUGCCGAAAGCGAUACCAUUUCAUAAUAAGGGCUCAUUCAAGUAAUGCCAUUGAACCUUAUCAACGACCUUGUUCAAGAUGUUCCAAUCUUGUUCAAUUAUCUGAACAAAGGUGUAAAUGGUGUAACAAUGCAAUUACUGCUGAUGAAAUAGAGAAUUUGGUGUAUCUUCAAAUUGAGGAUAACACUCAUCUUCUACAUGGUGUUGUUCAUUCCAAUGGUCAUGGUCAUCUGCUUACACUUAAUGGAAGAGAAGGUGGUUCAAAGCUUCUAUCUGGAUCAGAUAUUUUGGGUUUCUGGGACGCGCUUUGUGCUACACUUUCUGUUAGGAAGGUUAGUGUGAUGGAUUUAUCUAAAAAAUUUGGGCUGGAAUAUCGAUUGCUUCACGCAAUCACGAAAGGGCACUCAUGGUUUGGCAAUUGGGGUUAUGAAUUUGGUACUGGAAGCUAUGCUCUUACUCAAGAUAUUUACCAGAAAGCAGUGAAUACCUUAUCAUGCAUACCUUUGUCCUCUUUCAUGUUCUGGGGUCGAGGGCCUCAAAACCACCUGCAGUCUGUGAUAUUUCUUUACCAAUCUUUGGCAGAUAAUGAACUUUUAACAAUUAAAGAUCUCUUCUCAUUUUUGUUGACAUUGAUUCGCGAAUUCCGCAAGCCCCUGAUGACAAAAACAUCUGAACAACAUGAAUGCACCAGCACUUCUAAUGUAUCGUGUGCUUGGAGUAGUCGUGAUGUUGAAGAGGUGCAAAAAUCUUUCAUCAAGGUGUUGCUUGCAUCAGGUGCCUAUAGUGAGGACAGAUGGGUUAGCGGGCGUGCUCUUAAGGGUGCAGUGUUUAAAGGGGUUGCAUCUCCUAAGCUUCUAAAUUAUAGUCUCAAGCACUUAGGAGGGAAAUUAGCUGCCAAUGGCAUGGUAGUUCGUUCGCAAUGCAACCCAAUUUCUAUGGCCGUGGAGUUCAGGCUUGAACCAUUGAGUAUUGUGCAAAAAGGAUUUGGUACAAAUUCAAGCUAUCCAUCUGAAGAGCAAGUGAUAUCUGAUAUGAGAUUUUUAUUUGAUUCAAUUAUGAACCCUGAUGAAAUGGUUAGCAACGGACAUCCGAUUAUGAAGAAACGGGUUGCGGAUUCAGUAAGGAAGCUCCUAGACUGUAAGCAAUUUAUGAAGGAUUACAAGCUUGAAAAAGUGGCAGUGGAAAAGCCUUCAGUCAUUAGGUUGUGGUGCAAUGUGGAGCUUUCUGAUCAGCCUAAAGAUGAUCCAUCCCCACCUCCAGAGCUAAUCAUUUUGCCUUUGAAUGCUACUGUUGCUAACCUCAAGAGUGAAGCCACUAGUGCUUUUCAAGAAGUAUAUGUAAUGUAUAAGAGAUUUCAAGCAGAGAAACUCCUAGGAUAUGGAUCAGUCAGUGAUUCGUUAACCCUAAAAUUCCUUCUUGGAACAAGUGAUUCUGUCCAAAUUCAAGGUAAAUGCCUGGCCAAAUAUAGGCUAAACCGAUUUCGAAUGGAAAGAGGAACAGAGACAUGGGAAGUUGAUUGCUCUUGUGGGACUAAGGAUGAUGAUGGAGAAAAAAUGUUAGCAUGUGAUACCUGUGGUGUUUGGCAGCAUACCAGAUGUGCUGGAAUUGAUAACUCUGACGCUAUUCCUUCAAAGUUUGUGUGCUUGAAAUGCCUCAACUCGUACCGGAAGGAAGCCAAAAAAUUUCCAAUCACUGAUGUGGAAGCUAACAAGGCUUGUAAAUUCAACACAACCUGCAGAGGUCAAGUAGCUGGAACUGAUGAUCCUGUAGGUGCUUAUAACAUGACUGUAAAUUUUAGUGUACGUUGA